AAUUUCAUACUAUACCCCCAGCACCACAGGUUUUGAGGGUGUUUAGUUUUUACUUCCGGAGAAAUAAUUGAACAAAAACUGAUUCGUUACCUUAAUGAGCUGCGGAAAUGUCAUCGAGUCAUCAUUAGCUGGCAGCCCUACAGGAAUACUUCGUCGAUGCCCAUCUAUCAGCUGCACUUAGGGGAAUUCACCAACUUGUGCGCAUGGACAUUAGUCCGCUUGAUAAGCAAACCCCCAUUGCACCCCCUUGGCAGCGGCGACGGUUGACGAGCGAAAAGUCGCGUCCACAUAACGGGAAAACAGAAUUUUCCGAAGAACCUUACGUGGUGCAAUUUCCGCACUCCAGUUCGAAUUCGGUUGUCGCGCGAUUCCGGGGGUGUUUUCUGUUUGGCGUCGCGUCACAACCACCCGAAAUUGGUUUGGUGUUUUGUAGCGGAUUUUUGUCGCGUGGCGAUUGCGGAAAGUGGACGGCACUCGGGAAACCUAAGUCAGAGACGGAUUUAAUUCUAUCGAUUACGUUCGCGCGGACAAUUACUUGUUUGCGUGGAGUUUGUUCUCAGCUUAUUAAAAUUUUAAGGAAACUUCUAAAGAUUUCACUCGGCCCAAAGGGGGUGGGAGAAUAGUGAUUACAUUUGGUCACGGGUUGCGGAUACAAAGAAUGAAAUGUUUACGUGAGGCUUGCGUCCGUCGAUUUUGCGCUUUUGUUCGAUAACGUGUCGAGGGUUGGAGUCACGCGGCGAAGGGUUGAAUGAAAUGCAAGAAGUGAAAGAGUGAAAGUUGUGUUGGUGUCGGGGAGGCGGAAGACGCGCGGGGGAAUGCUUCCAUUCUGACAAAGUGAAUUUGAGUGAAAUAGUUACCAAUUGAAUUUGAAGUGAAAGAAGGACGGUGCCCGGAGAGAGGAGACGCUGAACGCAAGAUCUGCAACCUGCUUUACUACCGCUCCGCGAUUGUCAUCUGUUUGGAAGAAAUAGUUAUCAAUCGAUGAACAGCCGGUUUUUGGCGGGAAUAGCAGAGCAUACGCUAGGGAAGAUGUCCUAGCUUACAUUUACGAAACUACUUUCUAAGCAAUACAAUCACUGCCAUCAAAUUGCCUUCCCUUUUACCUGCCCUAUCUAUUGUGCAAUGCUACAAGUUCAUGUGUUCAAUCGGAGAGGAACAAGUUGAAAAAUGUGGCCAGGAUUCGAUCGUUGCGGUUCACGGAAUGGUACCAACCCCAGCCGGCAAGAAACGCUGCCUGAGGUGGAGCACAUAUCAACGAUUGCCGGAUCAUUGGGUUCCAUUGGAACACUAUCCCAGUGCGGCAAUGAACCCGUUUACGAUACAGACCACACGGAGUUAAAUUCGGAUUAUGAUGAGGCCGAGUAUCGGAGGGAGUUACUGAAGGAUAAAUGGAAACAACUAUUUGAUAUGUUUGAUCCUGAAGGAUUUGGUGAAAUUCCCGUUGACGAUUUUGUUGUAGCUCUUAAAUCACCUGAAUUUCAAUCCCAAGUGCCUGUUAACAAACGUGAACUUCUUUAUGAUCGUGCCAUGAAGGCGAAACUACCUCAAGGACCUGGAUUCGUAUCAUUUCAGGACUUUGUCAAUGUGAUGAGUGGGAAACGUACUCGGAGUUUUAAAUGUGCCGUCCAUCAUCGUGAUCGCGAAGUUUGUAGCGAAAAUGAUUUUCAUAUUAUGCUAGAGGAGCCACCAUUUUUCAAGAAAAUGGUACAAGCUAUCGCCAUCGAAAUAUUGCCCGAAGAGCGAGAUCGCAAAUAUUAUGCCGACAAAUAUUCGUGCUGUCCACCUCCACUUUUUAUCAUUUUUAUGACAUUCAUUGAGUUGGGGUUCUUCACGUAUCACACACUUACUUCCGGUCAAGCGGAGCCUGCGGGACCGGUGCCUAUCGGCUCCUUGUUUAUCUAUCGACCUGAUAAGCGGCAUGAACUUUGGCGGUUCCUAUUCUACGUGGUCCUUCAUGCCGGCUGGUUCCAUUUAGGGUUCAAUUUAGCAGUCCAACUGCUGGUUGGGCUGCCACUUGAAAUGGUUCACGGAUCAUCGCGAAUCGCAUGUGUGUAUUUUGCUGGUGUUUUGGCCGGUUCGCUGGGUACUAGUGUGUUUGACCCGGAGGUGUGUUUAGUGGGUGCCAGUGGCGGCGUUUAUGCGUUAUUAGCCGCUCACUUAGCCAACGUAAUGUUGAACUACAACAGCAUGCGUUACGGAAUAUUCCGCUUGGCUGCAAUAUUGAUUGUCGCAUCCUGUGAUGUUGGCUUCGCUAUAUACGCGCGAUACGCCGCGGAAUCAACUCUCAGCCCCUCAGUGUCCUAUGUCGCACAUCUCACCGGGGCCUUAGCUGGUCUAACCAUUGGACUUCUAGUUUUGAAAAAUUUUGAACAGAAACUUCACGAGCAACUACUUUGGUGGAUAGCUUUGGGGGUUUACGUUGGGUGCACCAUUUUUGCCCUCGCCUUCAAUAUGAUGAACACGGUGGCAGCGCAACGCAUCGAGGAGGAAAGUGAGGUCCUUCGCGACCAACUAUUUCAUGACAUCGGCAUAUAGUAUUGAGCAAUAACACUUUGCACCACACACUGCCUAAAAUUUGAAUUAAGUGUACGAAUGAAAAUUUUGUUUAGUCUAAAUGAAUUAAAUUGGUUGUAAUGCUAUAGAAACUGUAAAAACAAUUAUUGAAGUGUGAAAGGAAAACCGGGAAGCGAGCAUUAAAAGCAAUCACAUAAUACAUAAUGAAAAUCCGUUCCAAUUAAUCAUUUUGAAAAAUGAUUUGAAUUCUAAAGAUACCAUUAUGAUACCAAGAAGCUUGGACAAGUUUAGUUUUAUUAUUUCAAAUUAUCUAGUCACUCCCUAAGUGUAGAUUCUACCUCACGAAUUUGUAUCAUCAGUUUUUGUUUAGAUUUUUAUUUCGUCUACGUUGAAUACUUUUAAGUUGUUGUGCUGGCAGAUUUUAUUUAAAUGUGAAACUACUCGUCCUCCACCGGGUGCAUUAUUGGAAGAAACUGCGUCUACUAUUGUUUUUCGUUAAGUAGCUAGAAGAAGAUUUCUUUUUAGUGACACUAUUUUUAACCGUAACGUUAAUUGAAUUGAAGACUGAACAUUUCCAGGAGAAGAUAUUAUAUCCAAUCGUGAAACUAGCAGGAACAGAUUUCUCUACCAGUUUGACUACCACAUCAUGACAGUAUGGAGAAUUAAAUUGACAAUUUGCCUUGAAACACCAUUCCGAAAUCAAUUCUAGAAAUGAAGACCUAACCAAUAAUUGAUCCGAAAUAUUUUUAUAAAAAAACUGAAUGAAAAUGGAGAAGUAGAUAAAGGAUAUUUUAGUUCUGAUUGUGAAUUGUAACGAAUCAUUGUUGUUUUCUAUUUUUUGCGAAAAUAAA